ACUCGAGUGCGCUUCGGAACUAGUAGAGGACGACGAGGCUCCUUCAGGGUUUGUGUUCCAUACUGUCUGUCUCUACAGCCACAGACAGGCCUGAAUUUAUACACUGUUACGUAUUUUUUAACACUGCACCAUGAAAAGGAGGGGGGACAUGCGGCUGGUAGUCGGAAUUUUUGCCUUUUUGGCGUGUUUUUUCCAAGCCGAGGCUCUGACAGCGGGCUUCAUAAAAUCGCCCUUGUCGCAGAUGAAACUGAUAGAAGACAGUGCAGAGCUGCAUUGUGAGGUCAUAGGCAAUCCCAUCCCUGAAGUUCAGUGGUGGUUCAUAGAGGGCGAGGAGCCAGAUGAAAUCGUUACACAGCUGUUUGAUGGUGCACAAGAGGAACGCGUGCACAUCAACGCCACCUAUAUCCAUCACGCCGCCAGCACGCUCAUCCUCAGCAACCUAACGCUCAACGACACAGGCGUUUAUGAGUGCCGUGCAUCUAAUGACCCAGACCGCAACGACCUCAGGACCCCUCCCAAAGUCAAGUGGAUUCGCUCGCAAGCGAAUGUUAUAGUGUUUGAACGUGCCAUUAUUAUGACUGAUCCAAUGGUGGUGGACAACCAGACCUCUGCCACACUCCGCUGCAACCUUACCAAUCCUCCUUCUCCUGUCAAAGGCCACUUUUGGACCAGGAAUGGCAAGACCAUCGACAACUCCAAAUCAUCCACCUCAGAGCUUUACACUCAAUACUACAUUGAAAAGAUUGAUUACCACUAUACUGGAAUAUAUUCAUGUGUUUUCCAAACUGAACCUCAGGCUAAUGCAAGCAUUGAAGUCAAAGCCCCCCCACACGUUGCAGCCUACAAACACUCUGAAUAUGGUAAUGAGAAUGACCAGGCUGUUCUUGCAUGUGUUGGCCAUGGAUACCCCCUGCCUACUGACUGGAGUUGGUACAAGCUCAACGAUGAUGGAACUGAGAGAAAGCUCACCAUCACCAAUGGCACUGACAGCAAGUAUGAAAUCAAGAACACCCCCAACAAGACCACACUGUAUGUGAAAGAUCUGGAUAUCAACGAAGACAUGGGCUAUUAUGAAUGCCAUGGUAUUAAUGUUUUGGGAGCAGCCCACGAUAAGAUUCAGCUGCGUGUGCGCAGCCGCCUGGCUGCCUUGUGGCCCUUCCUCGGCAUUGUCGCUGAGGUCAUCAUUCUCAUCACCAUCAUAUUUAUUUACGAGAAGAGGAGAAAGCCUGAUGAUAUCAGUGACGAUGACGACUCAGGAUCUGCCCCACUGAAGAGCAAUUCCGCAACAAACCACAAAGACAAAAACGUCCGGCAAAGAAACUCCAACUGAGAGUGGAGAAAAGGUAUCCUGAAGACUACUGUUGAAGAUCAGCAUCAAGUUGCUGAGUGCACCUAUAUAGUGCAACCAUGAGAGUUCUAAACAACCUUUUGCUUGAGUGUAAAUGUCCUGAGAUAUUAAUUGGUCUCCUUUUAUUCCAAUCUGUAUUGUGCUGCAAGCUGACUUUUUUUUAAAGUUUUUUUUUUGGGGAGUGGGAGGGGGUGAAAUUGCAUGAUUGUGUUCUAGCUGUAGAUGUGUGUUUAGUGAAAAUCUCAAUGUGGGAAUAAACUUUUUCUUUUUGUCCUGGCUUUCUUCACGGUUCCUCACGAGUGCACACCUGUUUCCAAAACAUCUUCAUAACUUGUAAUCUUAUCACUGUUCAGCAACUUAGUAAUUUGACAAUGUCCCUUGUCUACAAAUAGAUUGAUGUAGCUAGAACAUUGGCUAAAGGUUUUCUUUGGCAGGAGUCAAAGGACCUCUCAUUUGCUUUCUGUAAGCCUUAAUGUCUAGCCAAUUUAUUCAACAUGCUGUUUUAAAUCAUGGAAAUAAUUUAAAUUAUGAGCAGUACACAUGAUUUUCUGCAUAUGAAAAUGCCACAAAAAUAUAUAUUUCAUGCAAGUUAGCAAUUAAUAUAUAUUUUUUUUGUUCAUGUAAUAUCUCAAACAAAAGAUGCUUGUGUAUCUUUUUAUGUCGACUCCUAAGAUUUCUGCCACUACUAACCUUUAAGGACCAAGUGCUAGGAAGGCGUGCAUUUUGCUACAUGGAUUAUCAAAUAUGUAAAAUGUUACUCAAAUGUUCAAAUCUAACAGAGGUCAUUAAGAUGGUAAUAUAUUUAGAAAAGUCAAUGAGCGUGAUGUAUAGUGAAGGCUUUUUUUGUUUAUGAUUCUUUAAUGUAGAGAGUUCAGAUGUCAUUCUUAAUACAUUGUGACUUAUAGCGUCUGGAUGUGUGCCAUUUUCAAGUUAAGAGAUGCAAAAAUGCUAAGACCUUAUUAGAAGUGCUUAAAUUAUUUUGCCUUCGCAUCAUAGGAAAUCUAAUGCACUGUCAAUUGUACUGGCUUGCACAAUCUGAAUAAACGUAUUUGAUUUAAA